AUGGGUAGCUCAAGGUUCAACAUCACCCAAGAUCAUCUCACAAGAUAAUAUCAAAACAUAUUCAAACAUCCCGCUUUUCAGACGCCUCCCACACUCAAAGUCCUCUCAGUACUCAAUAUAUCGAAGAAUAUCGUUCGAAACGGACUUGUACGUACACCCCUAUAACAACAAUCUCUCAUUCUUACCAAUUCAGAUACGUAAUACGAAGAGGUGCACUCCCCAUCCGAAAGGCUUUCGAUAUCCCACCUCCUGAUGAGCUGCUCAAAGUACUCGUGUCGAAGAGGUCAUAUUCAGCUACAACAUUGAAGACACUUCGUCAAUAUUACCGCAAGGUGAUGAAGGACGAAGCCGACAAUCCCGUCUUUGGUCCGUUGUUUGACCUGCUUAAGGACCUGUUGUUGACUCCUUCAAACGUACACCCCACGAAACCGAAAGAUGACGACUCAGUCAUGACAAGAAUCAUGGCAGUGACACCCAAAGAAUUCAGAUCCACACAAUUUCCAAAACCCAGACUUCGACCCUGGAACGAACCACACACCCCACUUUCACCCAAAGCACAACCUGUCGUCCGCGACCCAACCACCAGCAAGGUAAUGGAAGGCGACCCCUCUGACAAGUUACUUCAUAGGGCCAUGACCGAUAUUAGCACUCUCAGACAAACCAACGCCCGACAAAUCCAUUCAUGCAUACAGAGCGAAAACUCUGAGAGAUUUUUGGAGUCAAUGCUUCAGUCCGCCGCCCAAUUAUUCAGCCACUGUCAAGAAAGAAAUCAUGAUCAUGCGUCAGUGGGGUUGUUCAUGACCUACAAACUCUUCUCCCAGAAUCCAAAACGUUUCCAGGAUGCCAUUAAAACAACUAUAUGUCCAGGGGUAAUGGAGGUUUUUGGAGGCAUGUCUUGGGAUCCUAAACAAUUUCAAGAUCAGCUAGAGGUUCCAACACCUGAAAUGCUUGGUGGUAGCAUAUAUCUUGUACUAAACACCGCCAAAUCGGGCAAAACUUAUUUUACUAUCGGCUGGGAAUUCUUCGGCUUCGAGGGAUACAAAGAAAAGACGUCGAGUAACACAAAGUUGUUUUUGUUAGGAAGGCGUCGUGGCGGUAUGGCCUUUGGUACACAUGUUCUCGUUACUGGCUUCUUGGCCUCGCUUCUGACGAUUGCAACCGACGGUCCCUACCACAAAGACACGAAACUCGAAUCAUACUAUCCGUUUGUAAAUCUUUCGGGACGUUGGAUUGGAGACAUGCCGCCAAUGAAAACUCUGAACAAUCUGUUCCCAUAUCACCCGGACGGAAUUGACGAAAUCAACAAAUUCCGACCAGGACCAUGUAUGGCCCCCUACUGCUCGAGGGUGGUAGAAAAGCGGACAUGUGUAUUCGACCCAGAAAUUCAAUCAGUGCGCACCGUCUGUAUCCCAUGUCAUGAGUAUGCAAAAAACACAGGUUCUUUGCCUUCCGAGCAUGUCGCAGCAGCAUAG